GUGUUAUAGGUUCGUGGUUGUUUAAUUUAAACCAGAGGCGGGAACAUGGGCGGAAGCUGGUUACUUUAACACAGUGAGUGAACUUCAGCGGAAUCAAGCGGAUUAAAACAUCUCUUUAAUACAAGAAUAUGAUGAGUCAAAAAGCACGUGACUGUAAACGGACGACUUUUAAGGGACAGCAUUUGAGUCUGUCAGACCUAAAAGAAGAUCCGUAUAUAGAGAACAGGUACCUGUCUAAUAAAAGCAUCCCUGCUUAUCCUGAAUCUGUGGAGUUCCAUGUCCAGACAGUGUCUCAUGUGACCGGGGAACGCGGCCUUAGGGGUAUUUUUCUCGAUUCAGGGUUCAGACAGCCACCAGAGCUGGCACCUAAUCAGCAGCGGCCUUUCAUUUGGAUGAGUUUAGCAGUCACAUCUGAUGACAUACGCUCAGCUGAGGAGCGUUUCCUCAAGUCUUUAUUCCCUCAUAAAAGCCCUGACCAAAUUCCCGAACAUCCGCCCGUUCUUGAGCACUUCACCAGCUCGAAGGCCUUUCAGGAAAAAUCUUCUUAUGGGAACUUCCGCUUCACUUUUUCUCUGAAGGAGCUUCUCUGGCACUAUGGUGAGCAGUUCUGUGGUCGCCAAAGUCCAGUUCUGCGUGUGUAUGAGACCGUGCUCUACAAACAAGAGAUUCAAUAUACAGUUGUAGUGCACCCUCGAGACAUAGAUCUUUAUGAUGAUUGUCCACGACUUCCUAAUCACGGUGAUGGUGUCUGUGGGUACUGUGGGGUCAUGUGGUGGCGAUGUCAAGCCCCCUCUGAUACCUAUAAAAAAAAGCUUGAGGUGAACCGCUUUGUUGGAAGAAUUGAUGUGAGCUAUCAUCACAAAGAGGAAUACUACGUGUGGGAUCAUGUGUGUGUCGCUUUCCACAUGGAGCCUGGGUGGGUGUUGAAUGUGGACAGGAAGAGGCUGUUAAAAAGAGUGAGUGCAUGUGAAGUGGCUCCGCCGUGUCUUCUGAGACCUCAGGAGACUCCACUGAGUUUAAAUGAGGCUGAACAUAUAUUAGCAGAUAUUAAGGCCAAAAUAGGCUAGACUGAAACCACUGAUAAUACUGGAUGUUUCCUGUCAGGUGUCAAAUAGAUGUAUAUUAGAUAUCUUUAUGUGUAUUAUUUAGAAUGUAGUCUAAAACUUACAUCUGAAAGACAUCUGUCAGACGUAUUUGUGCAAAGCAGAUAUACCUUGCAGGUGUGCACGUGCUAUCUGUACAUAUUACCAGUAUAUACAGGGAAUUGCAAAGAAUAAUGAUGCUAUGCAUGCUAAUUAGAUAAUUUACACCAAUUGCCGUCAUUAAACACCAUAAAUUAUUAUAAUAAAAAUUCAAAGCCCUAUUCACAAAGCAGCAGAUUUUUAGUGGCAUUUUUAAUCAUAUUUAAACUUUUAAUACAUUUAUGGAGUUUUAUAUUUUAUACCUUGUGUAAAACCGACUAUAACAUAAGCAACACAUUCUGAUGCUGCAAAUAAUAAUCUUAAUUUAAAUUUAUGUUUUUGUCAUGAUGGGAUUAUUACCUUUGCACUGAUUGUUGCAGUUAAGCGAAAAUUAAAUUACAUUUUAACAUUCAAGCAGUUAAUGCGUUAAUAAGCUUUUUUAUAAUAUAAUUUACCUUUUCUGUUUUACAUGUAUGUAUUACAUAUACAUGCAUUAUAUUUACAAAAUAUAUUUACAAAGGUAUAUAUAUAUAUAUAUAUAUAUAUAUAUUUUUUUUUUUAAAGAUGCACUUUUAAUUCUCUCCACCAGAGGUCUAUGUUGGCUAGCCGGUUCUUAUGCUGUAACAUUUUUAAUAAAAUCUUGGUGAUAUUUUCUUUCAUUAUUAUUGCUUUGAUUUUUAACUGUAAUUGGUUUUAAUUUAAGUAUUAAAUUACGUUUUCAUGAUUAUGCUUUUUAAAUACCAGAAUGUAAUCUAAUGUACUUAAAUCUAAUGUCUUUUUGUACUAAAAUAACUUUACACGAGUGUUUGAAUCUGAAUAAAAACAGUUUUUAGUCUGAUUUUAAUUAACACUGACCGGGGAUGUUACUUAAUGUAAUGUUGGUGUAUUGCUAAAUUAAAUAAAUAUGACUAUACCACAGAA